AUGCGUCUAUCACAUUCUCUUUCUUGUGUCAAUAUUAUUGCACCACAUCAUGUAAGAAAUGAAAUGACAACGUUCGGUGGUAAAGUAACGAAGCGUGAUGUAUAUUUGCCGAAUUCUGAGGAUGAAGGUAAACUAGCUUUUAUUAUAUUCAAUGUCUUUACUCCUGAUGAAUGUCAACAGUGGAUUGAAUUGAGUGAACAACGUGGUUAUAGUCCAGCGACAGUUAAUGUGGGUGCUGCUGAGUUAGUGCUGAUGACAGAUUUUCGAAACAGUGGUCGGUGUAUUAUUGAUGAUGCAUCAAUGGCAAAUACGCUUUUUCAAAGACUCGAACAAUUCCUUCCUAAAACAUGGAAGAAUUUUGAACUAGUCGGGCUCAACGAACGAUUACGAUUUCUUCGGUAUGAACCAGGUCAAUUCUUUGAAGCUCACAUGGAUGGUGAAUAUCAUCGUCCCGAUGGAUCAGGUGAACAAAGUUUCAUAACCAUCCAACUUUAUUUAAACGAAGGCUACAAGGGUGGUGAAACUACAUUUAUUCACUACUCCGACGCACACAAAAAUGUUCGGUGCAUACCACGCACAGGAAUGGUCCUUGUCUUCGAGCAUCGACUACUACAUGAAGGUUCAACACUGAUCGAAGGACGAAAAUACACGAAUUUUGAACUAGUCGGGCUCAACGAACGAUUACGCUUUCUUCGAUAUGAACCAGGACAAUUCUUUGAAGCUCACAUGGAUGGUGAAUAUCAUCGUCCCGAUGGAUCAGGUGAACAAAGUUUCAUAACCAUCCAGCUUUAUUUAAACGAAGGCUACAAGGGUGGUGAAACUACAUUUAUUCACUACUCUGAUGCACAGAGAAAUGUUCGGUGCAUACCACGCACAGGAAUGGUCCUUGUCUUCGAGCAUCGACUACUACAUGAAGGUUCCACACUGAUCGAAGGACGAAAAUACACGGUUCGCACGGAUGUCAUGUAUCGACCCAAAAACAAAUGA